UGCACGUCGCAUUAGUUAUUAGACUUGUGAAUGAUUGUCUUAAGUAACUGCAGAAGUUCCUUUAUUUGACUCCUCCUUUUGUUGUUAUGUCGUUUAUGGUAAAUUUGAGUUUUGUAAACUGCAGUUGUGGAGGCCUGGUUCAGACUUACGUAUAGUUAUAAUUAUUUCAUUUAUACAGACUAGUUGGCUGGCAACAACUUGCCCCUUAAGGGAUUAAUAAAGCUGUUAUGACCUGACCCGGCUUAUAUGUAGGGUUGGCCAUAUCAAAAGCGGUUGACCACAUAAGCAUUUCACACUUUUUCAGCUAAACACUGCACUUUGAAUCUUAAACUUGUAAAAUACAAUAGAAGCCAUCGAUGAUUUUUUCCAUUUGACUCACAGUUCUACACCCUGUGUGGAUCAGUUGUGUACGACCCCAAUGAAACUCUCAUGAAAUUGUGCUUGCAAACUGAGAAGUCGCAUAUCCCAGCAUGAGUUUCUGGAUGCAACUUUUUCUUCCAGCACACAAUCUGAGGCAGAAAAGUGCUCCACAUGUUGACUGCAUUAUUUAAAUAUUGAAGUAUUUGAGUUGUUUUCUGUGAAGGAGUUGCAUUAAAACGUACCUUCUGGUACGUUUUAAUCAGAUUUGACAUCACUAGAAUUGUAGACCAUAAACUUUGCUCCUGCUCUGGAUUAUUUUUAACCAAGCUGCUGCUCAAAGAGGAGGAUUUCGUUUGUGCAUGACACAGAGGACAGGAGGACACAGCUGCUAAGCAGAUCACCUUGAUCAUUCAUAUUUCCAUCGAGGUGCUACCACACACGGGCAACGACAACAGCUCUGUCAGCCUCUUGGAUCCAAAAGGGAAAUACCAAUAAACCUCUGAGUGUUUUUAAAAGUUGUCCUUCAACAAUAUAUCUCAGCUCAUAAAGCUUUCUCUCCCAGAACCAUGGAUGUAGGUGCAUAAAUCAGGACUGCAAAGACAUGAGCCAAAAUACAACAAAUUCAUCCGAAAUCUUUAAAAAUUCACAAGAUGAUGCCGAAGUUUAUUCUGAUGCUCCUGCGCAGGUCAAGCGGUAUUACAGCUUGAUGGACGACGACGAAGGGCCAGACGAUGUGUUCAUCCAGCCCCCUUCUCCUCCACCCUGCAGGGUUGUUUUGUCACCAACAGAGGGAAGCACAAGCGCAACACCAGCUGAUUCUGGUGUGACCCUACCAACCAAAGCAGCUGACGCAACAAGAGCUAAUCCCUGCAGCUUAGACAGGCACCAUGGUGAGAAGCAGUUAAUGGCAGCACGAAACGAGCUGGAUGAAGAGAUAACCAGUACAAUGCAGCCCUCAAUGGAGUCUAUGGAUGACACAUUGCUUUCCAAUGACAUGAACUCCACACCAAUGGAUUAUCAAGACCAAAAAUCCACGGAUGACUCAGCUUGUCUGGUGGAGCGACGCCAUGACAAAACCGGAGAAGCAGAGAGGAAUAACACAUCAGGGGAUGAAGAAUCAAAUGAGGAGCCUGAAGAUGGCCCAAAGCCAUGGAAAGAAGAAGAAAACUACAAACAAAUAUUUUCAGACGUGGAUGAAAACCCGGGGGAUACAACUAAUCAAGAGAAAGAAUGUGACAAAAAUUACAAAGGUAUUUCUUGCCUUGAUGAGAGAGACUUGGAGUUAUCACGGACAAUGUCUGAUCUCAAUAAAAUCAAUGAUUUCACAUCUUCAGAGCCAUCAGAAUUUACCAAUGAUGGAACAGAAGAAAGAACCAAGUGCGGUACCAAGGAAGAGUAUGUCGGAACCAGAUCUUCGCACAACAUUCUGACGAGAUCUGAACAGGAAUCUGAAGAAAUGAUUGAGCAGGUCGAUGGGAACCGGAGAAUAGCAUCUGACAUCCAGCAGGGAGAGCAGCUGCUUCAGCGUCUGCAAAUGGUCCAGCUACGACAUGAUGACAUUCCAAAUAUAGCCCAGGAGAUUAUCAAAGUGGCAAAAGCUGAGGAGGAAGAUAGGUUUAGGUCUGAGGUUGGCAACGGGGGAAUUAGAGGAAAGAGUGUAACAAGUGACGAAUAUGAAGAGGAGGGUGCAUCAAAGGAGAAGGAACUGGGGACAAAUGUGACAGAGAACAAAAACAAUGAGGACAAUGGCACAGAAGCAAGGACCACUUUGUCAACGCCACCAGGAAGGGCACAGCAGAAGCAGAUCGACACAAAAGAUGCAGACGAGUCUUUGGACGACUACAGUGAAAUCUUGCCAUCUUCAACUUUGCCACUUCCCAGCCCUCAUGAAAUGCCCGAUGAAAUACCAUUCAUUUCUGCCGGGCAUCGAUUUUCAGCUGCUGAAACUUCAAUGGAGAAACAGAUCCAGGAGGCGGCCCGGGCCAGGCAGAACUUGCAGAGGGCUGGGGGUGUUUUCAACCUUGCAGAUAAUCCGGAUGUGUUGGAAAUUCCAUUCAAGACAGAUGUUUCUCUUGAGUCACUCCUUACAAAGGCGUGUACCGUCCAGCAAAGCCAGUGGCAGUUUUCUGAAAAAAAGAUGCAGAAAGAGAUAAGCCAGGAAAUUCAAAGGGAGCUGGUGCUGGUCAACCAGGGCAAGAUUCCUGGGGAGUACUGCAAAGGGGAGGCCCGUCAGCUAAAGGAGACAAAACUGCUGUUUGAGGCUUUUCAGCAGGGCAGCAUGGAGGGAACUACAAGGCAUGGGAAGCUCCCUACCACAGCAAUGAAGGGUCCCGUUUACCCCUCUGUUCUGGAGCGCACACGAAGCCUUGAGACGUUUUCCCUCAAGACCUGUCUUGUCUCAAGGGCACACUCUCUGAGGCUGUGCAACUCUACAACCCUCAAAGGAGACAAAAGUCCAGAAACCCUCAAAUCGAAGAGCCCAACUGGGGGUUCUCAUGACAAAACGCGCUUAUCUCCUUACUCAAAACACGACAAGCACCUACGACUGCACAGGAGCAUGGACUCAAUAAAUAGCGAAUCCUCUGCUUCUGCUGCGGAGUCUAGGGGUAAAACAAAGGAAAGGCAAGGAUCCCCCAUCCUGAGCCAAAACCCUUUCUUCAAGCUGCGCCCAGCCAUGGCCCUGCAGCCAGAGGUGGAGAAGGACAUUCGGGAGGCUGAGGAAAGAGAAGAAGAACUGCGCAGACAGCGGUGCACUCUGUAUGGGGAGGACAGACACAAAAAUGAAGAUGAAGGAAAGCAUCGGUGUACAAUGACGCUUAAAUCAGAUGUUAAGUUACAGUCCAGGGGAAAGUUGGAGAGACUUUGGCCACCUCCCUCUAAAACGGAUCAGAAGAAAUCUGGGGAGGUGCAGCAGGAGGCGAAAGUUCACAGAGCCGGAGGUCAGAAGGCUCCUCUGUGGCAUCUCUGGGAGUCCGGCCUGAUCAACGGACAGCUGUCGGAGGAUAAGGAGUGAUGGCGGACGCCUUCGUGGUGGAAGACCUCAAACAGAAUCCUGAUUAGCGACGGAGCCGCCGUCCAAGCACAAACAAAUCAGGGAAAAUUAGAACAACAGAAAUAUUUGUGUUAGUUCCAACUUCGCCACUUUCCGACUUUUCGGGCUCCGCUUUGUGUUUGUAUCAAAACAUGCUUUUGAUUUUUACUUUGACAUAAAGUAGUCUUACAUGGCAAGUAGGCAGAGCACGUAUUUAUUUAUCUUUUUCAUACUUAUGAUUCUUUAUCAUCAUGUAUUUAUUCAGGACCAACAGAUAUUCUUUGAAAAAUCCUGUUUUUCUUUUUUUUUUUAGGGGGGGGGGUUUCUUUACAACAUAGCCAAUUAUAGACCAACAUCACUGUACAGUCGGGAGUAUUUAAUCUUUUAUCGCUUAGGCUGUGUUGCAUUUACAGUAUUGUAAAAGUCGAUCAUUUUGGUCCUAGUGAGUCUUGGAUCGAAUCUGGUCCCCAUCAGGGAACAUCUGGAUUGUUUUCAGCUUCAAUGGUGUGUUGGCUUUAUUAAAAUAAGCUUAUACUUGUAUUUUUUUGAGCCAUAAUGAAGAUGUCCAGUCAAGUUAACGCUACAGACAGAAGCACACAACAUUGCUCAUUUAACACACACUCUCUUGGGUUAAAACCAGCAUUAACAGACUUCAGCUCAAAGUUCAGUGAGAUCCGGCUAAAUAAUCUUUAUCUAUGAGGUCAGAUGAAAGGCUUACCAAAAGACUAGUCGCUGCGUUUCCAUUGACCAUAUAAUCCCACAAUAAGACUUUUCCAAGAAAUAAAUUUGCUUAAUUGGACACAGGGCAAUUUAGAAAAACCUCUUGUUUCUCAAUAUGAAGUCUUGUUGCUGGGAUGAGGUGGUUUUCUUUUUGUUGUUGUUGUUUUGUUUGCCAUAUUCACAAAACUGCAAUGGAAACUGCAUUUUUGGUAUCUAGAGUCACAUGAUCAACCACCAGGAUGUUACCACUGGCGCAAACCAUGAAGAAGACGACGACAGGAAGAAGUUGGAGGACGACAGUGCGGCAUGUUUUUAAUGACUUAUGCAAACAAACCUGUUUUUUUUUUUUUCCUUUUUUCUUUUUUUUUUAGAUUAGCAGAAUAUUGACAAAGUUUUUUGUAAUGGAAACACAGCUUCUGUGGUGCUGUGAAAAGGAAUGAUACUCCUUAAACUUUGUCGCACUAUAUACACAUUCCUCCCCCAUUCACUUAAAUAUUUGCACUAAGGGCACUUUGUGUUGGUCCUUUAAAUUCAUAUUUAAUAAAACACACAGAUUUGUGGCUAUAAUAUGACAAAAUGCAAAAGAGAUCCAAGUUUUGCAAGACACUCAAAGCCCAGCUUGAUUUAAAGUACUGUCUACAAACUAUUAGCUGGAUCCUAAUUAUUCUCCAACAUAUAUUCAUAUUUUAGCAUUACUUCAUCAGAACUUUUUCACAUUUGUUUGCAUCAUUUUAGGAACUUUAUCACUAAGUGAAAGACAUUAUAUAGGUUAAUUACACACAAAUGGAUGUUUGAAAGUCUAUAUUUUCAUUUCAUUAUGAUAAUUUUUCACUUACAGCUAAUAAAAACAAGACAACCGCAAUUACAACAUCAGAGCCAUAAAUAAAAAAAAUAAAAAAACAUUUUUAAAAACAGAAAGGCAUUACUAUUAACAUCCACAAGAGGUCAGUGUAGUCUCAUUAACAGAGCAGAAGGUUUUUCAAAAAUUCACAACAACCAAGACUUGAGGCUUCUGGAUGUAAACUUAUACAAGCAACACUGUUGAAAUGUUGAGGUCUGCAGAUGAACGGAUGAAUGACAACAGCUUAUUUUCAUGGGGCGGUCCAGAUGUCUGCUUCACAGGAAGACUCUUCAUAUGCCGAGAAACUACCAGAGUUACAUAACUGCUGGAAUUGCCUCAGUGAUGAGUCAUUUCACGAAUCUAUAGCCACCAGGUUCGUGUUAUGUCACGUCUAUACGUAAGACGGGAAAAAGGUUGCUAAGUCUGAGCGGCUGCAUCACUCUCUGCAGCAGAAUGUGGGCGGCGACUUCUUCACGCUGAGUCAUUUGUGAGGGUCGGCGGAACAUGAACCGGGCUUCUGGUGGGAACUCACUCAUUAGAUGACUCUUACCAUAAAGAUGGCAUUUUUCACAUAAUCUGGACAAGAAGCACAGAUGAAACCAGGGAUAUGAACUGAUAAGACAAGUUUCUAUCUCUAAAACGGUUGUAAAAAGUUGUGCUGACACGACGGGGAUGAGUGAAGCCCCCUUCUGGAUUGUUGAGUUGUGCCACCAUUAGAGAGUAUAAAUAGCUUUGUGAGGGGCUGCAGAUGAGAGAGUGGGACAGUGACUGCUGUGACAUCAACGGCGAGAGAAGGGAUCAGAAUCACAUCUCCGCCAAUGUCGGCAAGUUAAUGGACAUGACAGGUGACUCAUUCCUUCUCUCCAUCAAGAAGGCAGAAGUGCCAUGAAGCUAAAUGAAUCAUUAGCUCUGCAUGAAAUCAGCUAAACUUUGCUGGAUUUCUUGCACCUUCUUUCUUUGCAAUUUUUGUGGGGGUUUUUUUUGCCUAAAAAUAAAGGCUACCAGUGCCACAAACAUUUUAAAGGGGCAAAUUUCUGCGGGUGUUUCUGUACAUAUGUGGGCGUGGGGGGAGCCUUGCAUGGAUAAGUUUGGAUAAGUUACAUCCUCUGAUGUAAAGGAUAGUAAAAGAAUGGACCUGAGAAAUCUAAAUAUACACCGAAAAGUACCUCUUUGACACAAAUAAGCUGAGGUUGAUUAUUACUGUCGACUCAUCAUUAAGGUGUGGAGCACUGGCGCUGACCGUCACAACCGCAUGCGCAAAUGCGGCUCUCUUUAUUCCGCUUUGAGUUACCGUGACAGCUAGAAAAGACAAAGUCGUAUUUCAGACACAAAUAAGGCAAUACUAUGCACUUUGUUCUCUUCCUAAUAUAAUGGGCUUUUAAAUUUUCAUGAAUUUCUAAGUGGUCCUGAAUUAAGAAAAUGGUGGCUUGUAAAUAUUCGUCGCUACCAGUUAAAGCUAACGCUGCACUGCAAAGUUUGUAGCCUUCACUUCACUCUGGAGCAGCUUCUUCAGCCUAAAGACGAAGGUAAAGGAGCCGUCCCUGAGUUAUUUCCAUGGGAUCACUUCUGUAUUCAGC